AAAAAAAAGUUGAAAAAUCACCAUUCGUCUUUUUCGCACGCAGCAUGUUCUUCAUGGUGCGCGUGUGAUGUGACAAUUCUCGGCAAAUUUUCAAAUUUUGUUUGCAAAAAAAAAGAAAAAGUUUUUUUUUUUAAAGAAAAUUGUUAUCCAAUCGGUUGUGCUACAAAAAGAAAAAAAAAUUUAUUGAACUACAACAAAAUGCAACAUAUAUUACCACUGGCUAUAAGCCUAAUUCCACUUUUAUCAAUAACUUUUGUGACAUUUUUAAUUCUUUACAAAUUAUACGUAAAAAUAAGAUCAAACUUUAAAGUGACUGUUAAUUGCUGGUUUUGCAAUCAAAAUACUAAAGUCCCUUACUUGGAUGCAAAUAGUUUCACAUGUCCACAAUGUGACCAAUAUAAUGGAUUUACAAAGGAUGGCGAUUAUAAUAGGGAAAUCUAUCAACAGCUGGACUGCAGUAAUUUAUCAUCCUCCAACUCGGCGAAGAGAGACGAUAGACAAAAUGAUUUUUCCGAUUUUAGUGACCAAUUCCCGGCAAAUGGAUUUUGUCAUGUUUGCAAUGAGGGACAACGUUUGAAGAUUGAGAAAUUGGCACAAUUCGAAACGAAGAACGAGUCCAAAUUUGAAAAGGAACUCAAGGUUUACAAAAAUCAACUAGAAGAACAAUACCGACUCUGCACAACAUGCGACCGUCAUCUAAAACGAGUUCUUCGAGAGAAGAAAAAAAUGGUCCUCGGUUCGAAAUUCCUCGACUUUAUCAUCAAAGGAGCUGAAAAAUUCAAACAACCUCAUUUCGCUCGCAUUAAAAAUGCCCAAAAAACAAAGAUGAAGCGCAAAAUUUCCAUCUACAUAGCAGUUUUAGCACUUGUUAAUACAAUUUGUAUUUUGCGCGGUCUUCCAGAUCUGACCAAGGAACAUUUGACUUUUAUUUUCGGAGAUCGCAUUGGCCAUUUUUCAUUUUUAAUGAUCUCACACGUUUUAGCAUUGAUGAAAGUAUUUGCUUCGUAUUCGGAAAUCUUAACAAAUCAUCCAAUGGUACUCAAAGUUGGUCUUUUCCUGAGGACAAUUACAAUGAUGGUGCUUUAUUCAAUGGGCAUGAAACUACCUCAAGUCGCCACUUUAAAUAUGACUUCGUUUUUAAUGCUGGCUUCGCCGUUCUUGAUGCUUACUUUUGCAUUCUUACAUAACUUUGUUGAUGGAUUCAAACUAAGUCGAUUUACAUUCAUGUUGACCUUGUGGAGUUUGUUUGCUGGUGGAAUACUUGACAACGAUAUGCUGAAAGCAUCGAAGGACAUUAUUUUGUUAACUGCAUCACUUAUCACAAUUUACUUAUCCCUCACAAGCAAAUCAGAGUCAAAAUUAUUCCCAAAUGACGACACAAGCAGCAGCUUCCACAAAAUCUACUCCGAAGACUGUUUCAGCGAUGAAGAUACCCGCGAGACCAUCAGUUUGAUUAGCCAAAAACUCAACAGCAGCGGAAAUAGUGUAAUGAGUGCCUCAAGUGGUCGCUCAUUUGUAUCGCAUUCUCAAAUCUCCACCGCGCGUCUGGUCAGAUCUCCAAUUACUUCUUCGGUUAUGAGUUUAAAUGGCGCCCCACGUUCCCCAACAUUUCAAAGUUUCUCUAAAGAUCCUGAUCAGUCUUUGUCGUCGCCGUUUGUAAGGAACCGAAACUACGCUGCUUCGAUGAGUAACUUCUCAACAAAUCGUUCAUUAUUUGCUUCAAAUGUGGAACUCGAUUGUAUACGCCCACAAUCAACUUUUGGGGCCAAUGCCUCAUUUACAGCUCCUUUGGUCAUGAAUGCUACCCUCAAUGCUUCAACAACAAAUAAACUUAAUGAUGAUAGUUUCCAAAAGGCUCCUCUUAGCUUCGUUAACACACCACUUGCUUCUCCCUUCUCUGUAUCCACCAGUGCUGUUUAUCAACAGAGAUCUAACUUACUAACUCCCUCACGCUUUAGUACUAACAGCUUAGCAACUAACAAUCCCUCAGCUUCUUGGCUUUCAGGUGGUUAUUUUAAUAGUGGACAAGUUAAUGCCGCUCAUCAAGCCCAAAUGGAAAAGAAUACUUAUUUUCAGGAUCAUCGCAAUGCAUUGAAUUCCAUUCAGGAGAAUAUUUCACGUGCCUCCUCACAUUCGUCGGGAUUUGAGUCUCAAUCGAGUGCAAAUCAGCGUGAAAAUUCAAUGUGCCCCGAUCAGGAGCAGUACCCUCAAAUUUCUACCUCAAUAUCUGAAGGGCAUCAAAACGGUUUCCAUCCAAUUGACCAAAAUGGUGGCUUAUUCCACCGACCUACUCCUCUUAUGAAUGGCUCUUUCCAACCGCCAGUGACUAUUAACUCAGCCAACUCCGUUUCUGGUUUCUCUUUAGCAAAUUCCUUAAAUACAACUAUUCAGCCACUUUCGGUAAAUUGUAAUCAAGACUAUUGGAAACCAAUGAAAGCACAACCGACUGGUCAGUCUAGAUCAAAUGCAUUUAACCUACGUAAAAUCAAUGAGGAAUUACCACCGAUACAAAGGGGUGCCUUACUGAAGAAGUGGAAGGAAGGUCAGACGCUCUCAUAGAUUUCAUUUUUUCCUGUUAAUUCUUUUUUAUAGUAUUUAAGCUCAACUAUUUGUAAAUAAGACUACAAGACAAAAAAAAAAUAUUUAUAUCACAAUUUUUUUUUAUAAUAAUUUAAGAAAAGAGAAAGUUCUACAAAACAAAGAGAAACAAAAAAAGAGUAAAUAAAAUGACACACUGCCAUCAAAAAAGUCUGCAAAUUUUAUUGUUUAAACUUGAAUUUAAAAAAAAAUAAUAAUUGUCUUCAAUAGGAAUUUUUAAUAAUUAAUUGAUUAGUAUAAGAAUUCUUAUUAUUAUAAGUAUAUAUGAGUUUUUCUAUUUAAAAAAAGUACUACACAAAAUUAGAGAUCUCUUUUA